CCCUUCUCGAGAAUAUAUCAGAAAAGUUGAGGAGACUCGGAUAAAUAGUAAAACAGAUUCGGGAUUACUUUGUUCGGUGAUGACAGUUGAUUCCACACCAGAUUGGAAGCGCCGAAGGUUCACCGCUGUUUCUCCAAUGGACUCCGAAUCAGCUAAGGCAAGGCUUGCAGCUGCUAAAGAAAAAUAUGGACGUGAAAUUCGAGUGUUCGAAACAUCUGCAGCUUCUGCUACUCCGAGCAAUGCUUCUGACAUUGAGGAGACGGAUGACUUUUAUGAGUUUACAGCUGAGGACUACUACCGGAUUUUGGCAACUAAAAAGGAAGGUGAUGCAUGCAGAACGAAAAAACUCCGGGAUGCAGAAGAGGCUGCUCGUAGGUCAAGGAUGACAAAGGCGGUGAUCAGAGUACGUUUUCCUGAUAAUCAUACACUGGAGGCCUCAUUUCAUCCAUCUGAGACAAUUCAGAGCUUAGUUGAUCUUCUGAAUAAAGUGGUUACUCACCCAGAAUUGCCAUUCUAUCUAUAUACCACACCUCCAAAAAAGCAAAUAAAGGAUAUGUCCCAGGAUUUUUACUCUGCUGGUUUUGUUCCUGGUGCAAUCGUUUACUUUGCAUACAAUGUGCCAAAAGGUGAUGAUGGGGCUCAAUUUGCUGGUCCAUUCCUUCAGGAGGAGGUCCUGUCUUUGCUAGGUCUGGAGUUUGUGGCUGAACAGGCAGUGCCUGCGUCCCAGCCUGCACCAGAACCCGUGGUAUCCAGCCCAUCCAUUGUUCCGGAGAACAAGCCCAGUGAGAAAAAGAUGAUCAAGCCAAAGUGGUUGAAAAUGUGAACGCCAGUGCAAUUCUUCUCUCUUCGUCUUUGGUAUCUGUGGUUGUUCUUUGGCUUGUUAUGACGGGUGAGCAAAGCAUGUAACUUUGCCAUGUUCAGGUUUGUGGUGAUCAUUCCAAACACGGCUGAUAAUCUACUUUGCUGAAACACAAAAUGUCACCAUAAAAUUUACUGUGAAGUGUGAAUAUAUCUGUUGUUUAAUGGUAAUCCACAACUUGUCAACCA